AUGUCUCAUAAAUCUGAGAAGACUAAUAAUGGUAAUCCAGCAACACAAAAUACACCUAAAAAAACUAGUGAAGUUAAGGAUAGAGAUUUUAAAAUUCAUUUAGCGGGUGAAUAUGAUGGAAGCUUUAACGUUAAGCAAGAAAUAACACGUCAUACUCUUACCACAGUUCAAACUGUCGGAGAUGCAAUUCAACCAUUUAUUCCAUUUUUUUCACAAGUUGCAGAAAUUGUUAGAUCAUUAUUACAAACAAACGAAUCUGCAAAGUGUAAUCAAAAAAUUUGUUUAGCUUUAAUUGAUCGUGUUGAAAUUGCUCAACAAGCUGUAAAUUCUUUAAAAAGACAACAAUUAGCAAAUGAAAAACUCUUUCGAGAUCAAAAUUAUUAUUAUGCUUGGGUUAGAUUUAUAACUGUUUUAGGAAAUAUUAAAAAAUUUGCUAAAGAAGUUACUCAAUUAUCAAGUUUACAAAAAUAUAUAAGUGCGAUGACAGUUAAAGAAGCUUUUGAUAAAAACAUCAAAGAAUUUGAAGACGUUUGUAAUGAUUUACAUUUUACAUUGGCUAUUUAUAAUAAUGAACGAAGAGAAAUAGAAACUAAAAAAGUUAUGGAGGAUAUAGAUAUUUUACUUAAGAACAUGGGCAAUAUAAGCUCUGAUAUCAGAUUAGUAAUGAAAGAAUUAACUCAGUUAUCAACAAAUAUAGGUGAACUAACUAAACAAAUAGUUAAACCUGAAAGUGGAUCCAUGGGUACAGAGGAUAUCGCAAAAUUAAAAUUAAAUAGUGGUCACAAGGCACCUAAUAUAAACCCAGAUGAUCUUGAACCAUAUCCACUUGGUAAAGAAUCUGGAAAAAAUAUUAUUAAAAGAGUUUAUAGAGGUGUUGAAGUUGCAUGCAAAAAAAUUCUUGUUAUCGAAAAUAAUGAUACAAUUACAGAAGGUUAUGAACCUAAAAUUUCAAAUUUUGAACUUAGUCAUACUGAACAUGAGAAAUCUUUGGAAAAGAUAUGA